ACUAUCCUUGUUUCUAUGAGCUCUGUUCAUGCCAGAGGAGCAAAGCUGUUGACCAGUAUCUUUACCCUAGAGCUUUUGUACAUCUUCUUAGACAAUUCGAGCUCAGAUCCGAGUGCUUUCAGAUGAGGACGACACUGUAGAAUUGCAUUGACUGUCCUUUGGAAGUCAGUCAGUGCAGAGUAGAAAGAACAGUUCCAGUGGUUUUUUUGCUGCUGGAGAAAUGUGCCUUAGCGCUCUGUAGCAGCUGGAGUCCAUCUUUGCAAAAAGAGUAUAAAACAGUCAGGUAGCAGUAGACAGCGUGGGAAGGAGAAAAGCGUGCCCUAGCUGAAGAGGGAAAGUAUCUUGUCCCAUUACAUGAGCUUUCUCUGCCAGCUGUUUUCACCCUGGCAGAUGAUUUUUUUCCUGUUUCACAGCAGCCAGGCUCUUCCCCCUGCCCCACUCUGUGCUCUGCUUGCUCUGUCUGCGUGCUUGUCUUUUGAUGUCAGUCACGCUAUUUGAUUUGCAAUGAGGAAUCAGAACACCUUUUCCUCUGCUGCAUCCUCCCCCCAGUCCCCUGAACCUCUCAGUGCAGAGGGACUGGAUUUAGCCACGGAACAGCAAGCAUCCAAGAAAUCUCUUAGGGCUCUGCAGAGGCAGCUGGCGUUUGAGAACGAGGGGCAGUGGGGAGCAGUGUCUUUGGGGAUCACAGCAGACAGCUCUUGGUCCAUUUGCUCUCCUGGUCUGUGACGCAGGGACAGUCACUGCCAUGGUAGAUGUCUGCACUGUCUCAUCUUGGAAGCCAGGAAGGCCUGUGCGUGCUUUUCCUCCAUUUGUUAACCAGCCACUUGCUUUGGCACUUUGCCUGUGUUUGGGAUCUAGGGGCACGCACACUGUCCUUAUUACACCUGAAACAUCUGGUGCUGACUGCGAUCAGUCAUUGCAGUGCAUUUCACGGAACUGCUGUCAGAACGCAAGAGCUGCCUUUCAAAGGCCCAGAGAUGUUUUUUUCCCCCAGCACAAGACUGUUUUCUGAGGCAGAGUGUGGUUUUGCAUGGUCCAUUUGAGAACAGAGCUGUCUGGGACUUUUUUGAUUAAGUGGAUGUGAGGCUGUAUUGACUUCAUUUUUACAGGAUCUGAGUUUGUCACAGCUGAAGCUCUUUCGGUAGGAACACAGUUUUUGCAGAAUUUACCUCAGGUAACAUUUUCCUAGUUUUGAAACUUGGAGUCAGAUGGAAAUCUGAACUGAAGAGCUACCCCGGGACUUAGUGUGGAUCUCACACAACUUUGAUGAAGGCCCUGGCUGCAUAGCUGGUUUCCAGCCUUCCCACCUUUUAAUCUUGGUUUCUGCUGCUGUCUGGUUUUGCAGGGAAAGUGGAGAUCAGACCUCUGGAUUUUAGUGAUGCUGGCCUGAGGACACAGCAGUCUCGUCUCUGCACAGACCUUGCCAGAGGAAAACCAAUAUGGGCACCAAACAUGCAGUUUUUCAGUCUCCAGGAUUACAGUUUAUUAAGUCAGCUUUCUCAUUUCAGUGCUAGGUGGCAACCAGCAGCUUCAGGACUUUAAUAAAUUGUAAUCCUGGAGACUGAAAAACUACAUGUUCGAUGGGUGUAUUGGAUUUCCUGUGGCACACGCUGGGCUUCCUGCUCAGUUGAGUAGCAGAGGCACGGAGAGUCAGUUCUGCUCUUAGGGCUGACAAGUUUCUCACAGCCCCAUUAUUUUGUUUUCAACACCUUCCCGCUCUGACAAUGGAAGAAACGGCACUUCCAGCAAUGUGCUGUUUGCACUAAUAGUCGUUGCAGAUGAGUUGGUUAGAGGGAAGGCGCGUUGCCCAGCUCCGCGCACUCCCCCAUGCAGACGCUGUUGGAGCCGCUCUGUACAUCCUCCCACCGCCUGCCUUCCCACAGAGCUGCGCUACUACCGCUCCCUCCAAGAGCCUGCAGCGUUCCUGAUCCGUCCACGCCAUCCCUGCCUGCCUCUCCCUGCGCGGAUGGAGGCCUCGUGUGCUGAACACAAGCCUGGUUUUUAGUGGUUACUGUUCCCAGAACUCAGCAGGCUGAAGGGGGUGGAAGGGAGAUAAAUGUCAGAGUUCAACAUCCAGACAAACACAGCAGAGCACACACAAUAAAUACAUCCACCCCCAAAUGCAAACACACCAGAAGAGGUUCCUUCCCCGGGGCUCGGAGCGGAGCAGGCUCAGGCAGGAGAGCAGCGUGAUGAGGCUGUUUGUCUUGCUUGCUACGCUCUACAGUGGGCUAAGCAGCAGCCUUGUGCUGCAGAAAAUGUAUGGAAGGAUCACGUCCCCCAGCUUCCCAAAUGUCUACCCAAAUAACAAGGAGAGGAUCUGGAAUAUUACUGUCCCCGAGGGAUAUUCUGUCCGCAUCUACUUCACCCAUUUCAACCUGGAGCUGUCCUACCUGUGUGAAUACGAUUAUGUGAAGCUGAGCUCUGGUGGGAGGACCUUGGCUACGCUGUGUGGGAAGGAUAGUACAGACACUGAGGAGGCUCCGGGCAACAAGACCUACAUCUCCAUGGACAACAAUCUCAUGGUGGUGUUUCGGUCUGACUACUCCAAUGAGAAACCAUUCACAGGCUUUGAGGCCUUUUAUGCUGCUGAAGAUAUUGAUGAGUGCAAACGGCGGUUUGAUGGUGAACCCCUCUGCAAUCAUCACUGUCACAACUACGUGGGGGGCUACUAUUGCAGCUGUCGGGUUGGCUACACACUGCACGAAAACAAGAGGACGUGCACAGACUUCUGUGUUACCUUGGGCGAGUCACUUGAUACCAGCUUUGAACACCCAUCUGCAAAACGAGAGGUGGCAUCGCUGCCUGGACUUACUGGGAAGAUGUUCGGACGGCGUACGGGGAUCUCUGUGCGGAGGCGUGGUGCUAUUUUUUGCUGCGUGAACACAGAGCAAGUUGAUCCUCACAACCAGCACCUGGGCAGCUCCAAGCAGUUCUGGAAGAUGCAUUGCUUGAGUGCAUCUGGGCUAAGGAUCCCGGGAGCCCAAUCUCCCGCCUUCGGUACUGCCCAGCAUCUCACGCUUCAGUGGAAGACACAGUUCACUCCUGCUGCGUACACAGCUGGGAGACACUUCCUGAUCCCGCUGGAACUGAUGGAGACCUUUCAUGUGGAGACACCCCAGGAGCGCUGUGCCCCAUGAUGUCCUUAAGAUAAGCAGCUCCCUCUUUCCAGCAAUUCACCAAAACCAAAGGCAGGCACACGUCUGUGUGAUGACCUGAUUUCCUCACAGCCUCUGCCCGUAUCGCAGACCAGUGACGCCAGGGGAAUCAGGAGUUGCGGGUCCGUGUCCAUGAAACAGCACAGAGAAAGGGCAGAGAGAAGGUGGCUUUUCCCCUCAGAGCCUUUAGCAUUUGUGGAACGCGGAGGAGCGGAACCGCGGGGCGCAGGUCCGGAGGUGAGGAGGUGGGUGUGUGACAGCAGGGCUCCCAUCCCACAGCUGCUGCUCGUGGAGGUGAGCAAGGAAACCCCUCAGCUUUGAGGAGUAAAGCGGGGAUUUUGGACAAAUGCUCAUUUUGCUGUGAAGAUGCCUGGGCAGACAAAAAUGACACUCAUGGUUAUAAAAAUGAUCUUGUCAACUUUGACGUUGUGUUGGUUAGACUGGAGCUAAGCCUUACUUAGUACCAGUAUCACAGCCGGGUGUUCACCAGGAAAAGCAGAUGGGGUGGCUGCAGCACCUGCGCCCAGAAGGCUCCUCCGGACUGAGGAAACGUGUUUGCUUUUAGAGCUGUGGCUUGUUGUGAGGCUGCAGCUGUUGAACGAACACCCACCCGCUGAAAGCACCAAGUUCCUGCUGGCAGCUGCUAAAACGCUUUCUGAACAGUUUUAUAAAGAACAAGCUUUCCCAUUCAGGUUGAUAAUUUCAGUACAUGUUCAGCUGACAAGAGAUUCCUGGAACUAAUCAGUUCUGCCUACAAUAUAUAUCCCCUUACAAUUACAUCAACUUCCUCUUUCUUGCAGUUCACAUUCUAUCAUUAGUAUUUUACUUUCUAGAAAACUGAAAUCUUUUCAAAGAAGACUCCAAACACUUCAGUAUGUUUUCAAUAGUAUUUUAUUCACUCACUCAUAAACACUGGAGUACGCAAAGCAGUUAGAAAAUACUAAUGAAAUUAUUCUAAAACUGUCAGGGAUUUUGUCUGAGGGUGAAGAAAGGCUGAAAUAAUUAGCAAAGACAACUCAGUGCUGCCAGCCAGCCUGUGGAAACCUACGCCUGGACAGUUUAAACAGAAUUAAAACCAUGCUAAUUACAAAAACUUACCACGCAGUUCCUUGCAGGGAUCACCGUUAGUCUUUGCAGGUCCAAGAAAACCAUUUAAGUGUUACUCAGCAGAAGUAGCUGGUAAUAGUGCAAGUGCUAAAAUGCAAAAUUCACAGACGGUACAGAGUUUGGAGAUUAUUCCGACUUAGGUGCAGAAAAAAAAUCUCAGCAACUUUUUGCAGUGGGAUAUGAACAAGUGUGGGAUUACUUUGCAGCCUGAGUGUUUAGAACCCCUCUAGAUGUACAGUGAGACCCAGCUGAUUUCUUAGUACUGCAAAUGGAAAACUAACACUAGUGCAGUUUUAUCCACUGUUUAAAUGGUCUUCUGUUCACAUGCCUCAGUGGAAUAUGUGGUAAUGAAGAUUUAACUUGAAAAGUUUAGUAGGUUAAAAACUGUAAAUAUCCAUGUUCAGAGGUACAGGGCAGUAUUGUGUAUAAAAAAUACCCAUCAACCUUCAGGGGGUUGCAAGCGCAAGUAGAUUUACCGAUUCCUCAACUACCCACCAGUGGAAACAAUCCCAUCAGUUUCUGCCAAAACAUCCUGCUCUUUGUCCAAGUCUAUGUACGCUCACUAGUGCUUUGUUCUGCUGGAAAGUCUCCUGGGACUAGUUUUAAACCUGAGUUUCGGGCUCUCUCCUGGGCUGAGUGUGUUGCAGAACCCUACUUGGACUAGUGGACCAGUCUAAGAACAAGUUACAAACCUACGUCCCCAAGGAGAUGCUGUGUGCAGAAACACAUCUUGACAGUGUUUGUUUUCCCCACCCCACUUCAAGGAACUGCUCAAAGAACAUGUGAGGAACGUUCCCUGGUACAGAUGCAAUCUGGAGGGAAGCGCUUACCCUUCUAGGUGCGGACACCCCAACGGGGGAACUGGAUUUUAGCUACAUACAGCUCACUAAACAGUGCAAAACUAGAGUGGAGUAAAGGUGGGGGUGAGGUAUCAGUACAUGAUGAGUGGUGGCUCCGUUUGAGCUGCUGACUUUUAGAGCGCGCUUAUCUGAAACAAACCGAAUUACUGCAAAAGAGCUUUACAGAAGUUCAUCUCAAAAGUGUAAAAUUAAUUAACUGCUAUGAAUUCUUUGCAUUCAGGGCUGCAAAACAAAGACACAUAUUAUUUAAAUCAGUUUUAUUUAAGAAUUUCCUACAGUGACAAAUCUUAUAAAAAGCAUCCAAACACGAAACUGCAGCAAACAGCAUUCUUAUGGGUAUCUUACAGACAGAGGAACUUCCACCCGAGGCACACUGAGCUCGCCGUGCUCUCUGCUGCAGCAGCUACCGCAAAGCUCACCACAAGCUCAAUGUUCUCCUCACAACCCCCACCAGCGGCAAUUCACGUUACCACACUUACAGAUCAUUAACAGAAAAAAAAACACAACACACACCAUACAGCAUUCACAGCAGUUGACAUAAGGGAAAAAAAAUACAAAUAUUCAUUUCACGUAACACAUUCAACUAAUCGAUUAACCAGGUAUAAAACCCACUUAAAGUCUUCCACAUAUGGAUGUCCUUUGAAUGCAAGAAACACUCGUACUUUAUUUGCCAUCAUUGCUCUCUGCACACUCUCUCACCAAAGCCACAGGAUUGAGAGACAUCUCGCCAAGUCAAAUAAAAUCCAUAAUGCACCACCAGGUCUCCGCACGCGCUCUCUCCUGUACCUCGCACAUACCAGCCCUCUCAUGCCUCGGCACCACCAUCAAUCCCACACAAGGUUUCAAAAGUUCAAACAGCCUUCUGGUUCCAUCUCACAGCCUUGCGUUCAUAGCGUUGAUACGACUCCAUGAAAUAAAGAGUAGCGGAUAAAAAUGGAACACCCACCGUCUAAGACGCAGCAUGUGCGGUGUGAUGAAGUAUUCUUGGAUGAGAAAGCAUGUAGACAGAAGUAUUCCUAAGGCAGAAUAUUUACAGCACUGCUUUCAAUGAAGUGCUUCUUCCAUAGACAUUUGAAAUGAGAUGAACUGCGGAGAUUAAAUGAAGCCUUCAUAUCGUACUUUAGUAUGGAGGGGAGACAGCGUUAAAAAAAAAUAGAACACAAAACAAGAGCGACACCGUGUUCUCCAACUGGGGCGCUUGGAGAGUCUUAUGGUGGGAUCAAAUUAAAAACAAGAGGGAGAGAAUGCUGUUUCUGACCAAUGGUUUCCAUUUUGAACAUGCAAAGAAUUCAGGUAGCCAGGAAACAAGGGACAGAGUAUUACAGGAGAAUCCUUUCCUAUCGAUUGUAGUGUUAGUUCACCUAUGGGGCAAACAGCAGUCCACUUCCAAACAUUCCGUAUUCCAACCAGAUAUGUAACAAAACUUAGAAAAUUCUUUUUACCUUUCUUUUUCUUUUUUUUUCUUUUUUUUUUUUUUAAAAAAAGAAAAA